AUGAACCUCAAUCCCAAUAUUUCCUUUGUCCAAGGCCUCAAGGAGCCCCCUCUUUGGCUCAUAACUCUGGGCACAUUCAUCGAUGAGCAAGCUUCACACUUUGAAGACCGUCCAGCAGCCAUCUUCCCAUGGCAAUCCGUCCGUCUCUCGUACCGACAGCUAGCAGAUCGAAGCAAGAUUCUUGCGAAGGCUAUGCUGGAGAUGGGUUUACGGAAUGGGGACACUGUAGGAAUUAUGGCUGGGAAUUGCUACGAGUAUAUUGAGGUAUUUCUGGGCGGUGGCAGGAUUGGGUGUCCUGUUGUGGUUUUGAACAAUACCUAUACGCCCGAGGAGUUGGUGAAUGCUGUGAAUAGGAGUUCUUGCAAGUUGGUUUUCAUGGCUUCGAAUAUUGGGACUCGAAGCUUGUCCAAUCACAUCAAGAAUCUUCGCGGGGUACACUCGAAGCGCCUUACACUACCGGACCUACGCCGCGUGGUGAACUUUGGAACUAUGGGUAUAGAUGAAGCUGGGGUUGAAAUGCAGACCUACAGCACAUUUGUCUCUGGAGCCAAUUCGAUCUUUAUGACAGACUCGAUGCUCAAACGCGCAGAAAGCUCCGUGAGUCCCGAGAAUGUGUUAAAUUUACAGUUCACUUCUGGAACCACCGGCUCCCCGAAAGCUGCUAUGCUCACGCACGUAAACCUUUUGAACAACGGUAGAUUCGUGGGCGAUGCAAUGCAUCUUACCCCAGAGGAUGUCAUCUGCUGUCCACCUCCACUGUUCCACUGCUUCGGUCUCGUGUUAGGGUUCCUCUCCUCAUUCACACAUGGAAGCUCAAUCGUCUUCCCAUCUGACUUUUUCGACGUGAAAAAGGUCGUGGAUGCAGUAAUCAGCGAAGACGCAACAGUACUUUUGGGCGUUCCCACAAUGUACGUUUCAGAGCUAGAAGUGAUUUCCAAAACAGGACAGAAACCGCGUCGUCUAAGGACGGGUCUUGCAUCUGGCUCUGCUGUGUCACAAGGUUUAAUGCAUGAGUUGAGAGAGAAGAUGGGGGUUGAGAAGAUGUUGAUUGCGUAUGGAAUGACAGAGACGAGUCCGGUUACAUUCAUCACAUCUAUUGACGAUGAUGAUGUGAAAAGGACUACAACUGUCGGGAGAGUUCUUCCUCACACAGCCGCAAAGGUCGUUGAUAAUGAAGGGAGGAUUGUUGCUAGAGGUGAGAGGGGUGAGCUUUGUACUAGUGGGUUCGUUUUGCAGAAAGGGUACUGGGAAAACGAGGAAAAGACAAAAGAGGCUAUGAGGCGGGAUGAGAAUGGUGUUUUGUGGAUGCACACUGGUGAUGAAGCCUUUCUUGAUCAAGAUGGCUACGCACAUAUUACUGGUCGUAUCAAGGAUCUUAUCAUUCGAGGCGGAGAAAAUAUCUUCCCGCGUGAGAUCGAAGAACGACUCAUGUUUCAUCUAUCUAUAAGUGAGGCUAGCGUGGUUGGUAUUAAGGACGAGAAAUACGGGGAAGUCGUUGGCGCCUUUUUGAAGGUCGUUGAAGGAGUCCCUAGGAUUUCUGAUGAGGAGGUGAAACAGUGGGUGAGUGAGAAGCUAGGUCGACACAAAGCUCCUCAGUAUACCUUUUGGAUCGGGAAACAGGGUGUACGAGAAGAUUUCCCAAAAACCGGGAGUGGAAAACAUCAGAAGCACAUUAUGCGAGAUAUUGGAAACCGGUUGGUUGGACGUAGAAUUGUCAAGGCAAAGCUUUAG